AUGGCUCUCGGUCUUGGGAAACCGUGCAGCCCAGAACUGCUGAACUCCAGGAAAGGCUCUGUCGACUGGGAUUUGGGUAUUACCGGGCCAAUGCACAUGUCCAGAUGUGAGCAGUGGCAAGAUAAAUGGGCGGCCCAUAUCACCGUCAUUCUGGGAGUACAUAACCUCCCAGGCCUACUCGCGAAGCAGGUCGAUCAGCUACCCGACUCAAAUAGCCAUACCCAAGCAUCUCCAACUUCAACUUUCCCAAUAUAG